AUCACUCCAAGAAUGGGUGGUCUUUUAUCUCCCAAAGUCCUUGCUUUGUUGAGUCACAAGACUGGCUGCUACUCUUACCUUGUUGAUUUACAAGUGUGGUAGCUCUGAUGGAAUUUGGAGAGGGGUUUCCCAAGUGCUCAAACCCAAUUUCUUUUGUCUGGUUUAGGUGAAAUUUUCCUUUGUUUCCUUAAUGACUUAGUUCCUUCUUAUUUAUUUCCUGAAGGGAUCUUUCAGAUAAGAGCCUGGUCCUGGUUGCUUACCUGCCUGCAUCAUUUUUAGGUAUGGAAGCUUCAGCCUAAUCUUAAACAACUCAGUGUACAUUGGGCUGUUUACACUCAGAAGCUUAGAUCAUGUGGCUGCCUGAAUAGUUAUUGACAUAUCUAAAUUUAUCCACGGAACAGUUCUAUUCACGGAGAAGCAUUGGCUGCUGGUUAACUUCUGAGGUACAAUUCAAGGUUCUGGUUGUCACCUACAUGAUUUGACCUGGAUAUCUUCAAGAGCAUCUACUCCAAAGUGAAUCAGCCCAUCCAGUGAGAUAAGAGAGGGCUUGUGGAGAUCCUGCUCCCAAGGGGAGUCCAUCUUCAGAGACCCUGAAUUUUUGAUUUUAGCCUUUUCACAUCCAAACAUCCUCUUGCAGUUGAGCUAUUGCUGGUCCAUGAAAACAUGGCCCCUUGAGAGAGCAUGUGGCAGGUAUUAAGGUCUGACUCUCCUGGUGAAUGGUGCUGUUUCUGUUUUGAAAUUACACAUUGAAUUAUACACUGUUUUAAUUUUUUAUGACUUUAUAUCAGUUAGAGGUACAGGAAUGAAGUAGCACAGAAAUCCAGCAAAGUAAUAAAUAACAUUUCCUCUUUCAAGAUCUCUCACUGUCAGAGUAGGAAAUGUAGUAGUGGAAAACUUUUCCAGUCUCCAAUAUAAGUUUUCCUAAUGGGGGAAAGGAAAUAAAGGAAUGGUGGCAGGGAGAGUUCCAGAAAAAGCUAUAAAUUACAAGGCUCCUAUUCUUUCCCAGAUCCUGACUUAACAGAAGGAAAGAAAUGUAAAAAUGUACUCAGCCAGAAGGGAAUGCCCACAUCCUUGUUUUUGUCCUCUGUUGGACAGCUCAGCCAACAUUAGCUUGAAUGAAACACAAUGGAUACAGCAAGCCACAGCCUGAUCCUCCUGCAACAACUCAACAUGCAGCGAGAAUUCGGCUUUCUUUGUGACUGCACAGUUGCAAUUGGAGAUGUUUACUUCAAAGCUCAUCGAGCUGUCCUGGCUGCUUUUUCCAACUAUUUUAAGAUGAUAUUCAUUCAUCAGACAAGCAGUGAAUGCAUAAAGAUUCAGCCCACUGAUAUCCAACCUGACAUAUUCAGCUACUUGCUUCAUAUAAUGUACACCGGCAAAGGACCUAAACAGAUGGUCAGUCAUACACGACUAGAAGAAGGCAUCCGUUUCCUGCAUGCUGACUAUCUUUCUCGCAUGGCAAUUGAAAUGAACCAGAUGCUUUCUCCAGAGGUUGUGCAGUCUUCAAACCUUUAUGGGAUUCAGAUCUCAACCACACAUAAGGCUAUGAAGGAGAAUCUCCAAGCAAAGGAAAAUUUAACCAAUAUUGGUAGUAGACCCACUAAUCAGGGAGAUCAUCCUCAGCUCCAGCUAUCUCUGGCAAUUGGGUUGGAUGAUGGGUCUUUGGAUCAGCAGGUUUCCCAUCCUUCUACCAAGACAGCUGGAAAACCACCAGAGGAGGCUACAAAUCCACCUGUGACUAUAAAACAAGAGAAGACUGACGCAGAGCCAGUUGUGUCUCAGAGUCACACAUCAUCCUCCCCAAAUCUCAGGAGUCCAGCCUUUUCCAAAGAAAACGUCAAAGUUCAUUUAUGCCAGUACUGUGGGGAACAUUUUGAAUCCAGGAACAAUUUAUGUGAACACCUGUUUACUCAUGUGUCAGGAUCAUUGCCCUUCAGGGUUCCCACCUCCAUCCUGGAAAGCAAUAACCUUAGCCAACUGCAGCCACUCAGUGAAAACUGUGAAGCUACUGAAAGCCACCGACUCAGUUCCUUCCUUCAGAAAGAAAAUGAGCACUACUCAGAAUAUCCCAGCCACCCCAACCUAGAAGCGCUGCCAAUUGGCCAGCUGUCACUGGUGUCCAAGGAUACAGAACCUGUGGAAUUAAACUGUAAUUUUUCCUUUUCACGGAAAAGAAAGAUCAGCUGCACUAUUUGUGGUCACAAAUUUCUCCGAAAAAACCAGCUUCUUGAACACAUGUAUACGCACAAAGGUAAACACUUCAAAUUUGCCCGAUACCAGCGGGUUGGCAACACGGCAGCUGUCAAGUUUCAGCCAUAUGGUGACAAUUGGAUCCCAAGUGUGGUGAAAAGUGGCACUCUCUCACAAGCUCAGGUGGAGUCACAAAACGCAUUGGAUCCUGACCUCUCUCAAGAGAGCAUUGAUACUAUACUUGUGGAAUAGUUCUCUCCUUUCCAUUCUCUUUGAUCUGCAAGUUUGUAGCCUGUGCAUUCAUGUGUUCAGCCCUAUUGUAUGAAUCCUGCUGAAACAGUUUUUUGUUCUUCUGAAAUACAGCAUGGCAGACACCCUGUUGUAUGUUCCUAGUUGGUGGGUCAGCUGUUUUCCAGAAUAUCCCAGUAAUGUAUGCCUUGAGGAAUGCAUUUGGAAAAAGCAUAUGAUAUAGCCAGAUCUUUGUAUAUAAAAUAUGUAAAAUAUUUUGUACAUAAAAUAUUGCUGGGAAAUACAAUCAGAGCCACCAAAAGAGUAAAAGCUUCACAUGCAGGAACUUUUAGGUUCAGACUUAUUGCUGGAACUUAAAAGACCAUGAAAUGCUAUUCUCUGUCAACAUAAAGCUGUUUGUUUGCGGUACAUGUUCUGCUCAGACUACUGUUGUGGAAGAUAUGAUAGUCACAGAUAUUUUUAGUGAUAUCCAUAUAAUGCUGGCAUGUCGCCUGUAGAGCUUUCCAUGAUACAUCAGGUUGGGAGGACAAUAAAAGGAAAUUGCAGUACUCGUAAAAGAAAAUGUUUAUUGUAAAUCAUAUUUAAUUUAAAUUAAAUAUGUUUUAAAUUAAUAUUCUGUUUAAUGUUCUUCAGUUUAAAGAAUGGUUAUAGUGUGUCACUGAUCAGUUUACUAGUUAUGGAAUUAGAUUAAAUAAUUACAAGUACUGUAAAAUAAAAUUUCUGUUCAGUUGCACUAUUUCCUUUGCCAGGCUAGAAAUUGUUACACACUGACAUGUAAUUUUAAUAAAAUGACUUUGUUAUGAGCAUGUGGGAGGUUGAUCCAAGUCACAGCACUCAAGAUACCUUCUGGGAAUCUUCUAUUUUUUUAUUAGCACAGCAAAGUAAAGGAAAUUUUCAGUUUCAGGGUUUUAUUGCAGCAACUUAGCCAGACAAACUAAAUUGCUUUUCUGCCCUAUUCCAACCUUACCUAGUGAUAAGUAGCCAGGAAGCUACAAUAAUACUACAAAGCAAAGCAAUAUCAAAAAAUGUGUAUAUAAUUCCAAACAUUUCUACUAAUGUGAUCAAGUACUUUCUACUUCUGAUAAAGUUUACCCUGUUACCUGUGGGUCAAAAAUUAUUUGUAAAUAUGAACACUCUUACGUCUACAUCAAUGUUUAUCAGUUUCAGCAACCUAAAUUCUGAGGACUCCCAGAAUUUCCCCAGCCAACCUUGUUUGAUUGUUAAGAUUAAGUACUAGUUUACAUUCUAUCCCUAUUUCUUACAUCGAAGUAAAAGUAGGUUGAUUACACUGGUUAGCAUUCUCUCAAAAUU